CCGUGACGUAACAAAACCGGAAGUACAUGUUGUCUGCCUGCUGUUGUUGACAUUGCGCAGGCAUAGAAAUGCGCUGAAGCUACCAUUUGGCGGAUUUUCGUGUUUUACAGAAUCUGCGCCAAUGACCUGAUUAUGUCCUCUUACUGACUCGGUCUUUAUUUACUGUUUUGUUGUCUGGUUGUCAGUUUAGUCUCCGCUCACGCCGCUAACUUUGCAACGUAGCUAAUAGAAAUGGUUAGCUUUUAAUGGGGGAAGUUCGGUAAUUAGGACGCAAUGAAAAGAAAUUUAAGCUAAUCCAGUAGAAGUUAGCAGGGUAACUUUUAUAGUUUCGUGCGUAGAACUGGUUGGGACAACACAUUAAAAACAAGAUGGCAGUGGAGCUGGAUGUGUUCGUGGGUAACACCACUAUCAUGGACGAAGAGGUUUACCAGCUCUGGUUGGAUGGAUACACAGUGAAUGAUGCUGUAAAGGUACGAAUGGAUGGAGGAGUGAUGGAGGAGUGUGAGGCAAGUGCAGAUGUUCUGCUGAGUGACACUAUGGACCAGUACAGGACUUUCCAGAUGUGUGAGCGCCUGCUGCACAGCCCAGCCAAAUUAGCUAACCAGCUAUUGUUCCAGAUCCCACCUCAUCGUCAAGCCAUCCUCAUAGAGAGAUACUAUGCCUUUGAUGAUUUAUUUGUCCGUGAGGUUCUGGGAAAGAAACUCUCCAAAGGAACCAAGAAAGACUUGGAUGAUAUCAGUGCCAAGACAGGUGUGACGUUGAAGAGCUGCAGGCGGCAGUUUGACAACUUCAAACGUGUUUUCAAAGUUGUGGAAGAGCUGAAGGGACCCCUGGUGGAGAACAUACGUCAGCAUUUUCUUCUCUCAGACAAGCUUGCAAGGGAUUAUGCUGCCAUUGUUUUCUUUGCCAACAACCGCUUUGAGACUGGGAAAAGAAAGCUGCAGUAUCUCACGUUCCACGACUUUGCUUUCUGUGCUGGACAGCUUAUCAACAACUGGACCGUUGGGGCUGUUGAUAACUUGGUGGAAGACAUGGACGUGGAUCUCGACAAAGAGUUUUUACAAGAACUGAAAGAACUGAAGAUCUUAAUCACUGACAAAGACCUGCUGGAUCAACACAAAAGUCUGGUCUGUACAGCUCUCAGAGGAAAGACUAAAGCUUUCAAUGAGAUGGAAGCUAAUUUCAAGAAUCUUUCCAGAGGCCUUGUCAACAUUGCCGCAAAGUUAACCAACACAAAAGAUGUCAGAGAUUUCUUCAUUGAUCUUGUGGAGAAGUUUAUUGAGCCGUGUCGUUCAGACCGAUGGACAGCAGCAGAUAUGAAACUCUACCUCACCCACUACACCAACUCUGCACACAUACUCGACACAUUCAAACACCAGGUCGUGUGGGACAGAUACAUGGGCGUCAUCAAAAGCUGUAUCUUCAAAAUGUAUCACGACUGAAGAAUUUUUCUUCCUUUAUUUUUUGUUUUGUGGCUGUUCCUGCUGAAGCCGUUACCUUAGCUCUUUUGUUUUUGUUUUCUCCAUUUUUUGUUUCGUCAACGGUGAUGCGUUCUGCUUUUUAAUUCCCAUUAUCACGUUCAGUCUCCCUGUUUGAACUCCAAGUGUCUGUAAAUUUGGUUUGUAAAUAAAAUGAACACAUUCACAUCAAA